UUAUUAUUUUGGUUGGUGGUGCCGUGUAGAGGGGGAGGCGACGAGACGAGACGAGAGGAAGGAGACGAGACGAUACGCGGAGAUCCGGGCGGCGACCCGCGGAGGAGGAGGAGCCCGCGGCGCCAUGGAUUCCGACCACUGGAUCUCCCGCCUCAUGGCCGCCAAGCGCCAGUACGCGCUGCAGCGCGCCCAGAAUCACCACCACGCCACCGCCACCGCCACCGCCACCGCCGCGUCGCACUCCCACCUCGAUCGGUAUGGGUACGAUGAUGUUGAGCCAGAGGACGAGGUACGGCCAGACUUCCCAUGUCCUUACUGCUAUGAAGAUCAUGACAUUACAUCUCUUUGUGCCCAUUUAGAGGAUGAGCACCCCUUUGAGUCUAAAGUUGUGGCUUGCCCGGUUUGCUCGGCUAGGAUUUCAAAGGACUUAUUGGAUCACAUAACCCUUCAGCACAGCUACCUGUUUAGACUGCAGAGACAUCACAGAUUACGCAGAGUUGCUGUUCCUAGCAACCAUGCUCUCUCCCUUGGAGGGAGAGAUCUACAGGAGACCUACUUAAAGGUUCUUCUUGGAAACAGUAGUCGAAGCAGUGGUACCAAUGCAGCAAGUUCAGUCACUGAUUCACUACUAUCUUCACUUGUUUUAAAUUUAUCUUCAUCCGAAGCCGAAGAUACAGCGAAAUUUUCUGCUCUAGCUGUGGUAGAAAAUAAUUGGUUUAAAAGAACACUGCCUUCAAAGACUUGGAAGGCAAGCUCUGAUUCUAAUCUUAGUCAGGAAGAAAGGGAGAGAAGGCGGAGGCGAGCUGCAGUGAGAUCAUCUUUUGUACAGCACCUGCUUGUCUCUACCCUUUUUGAUGACUAGCAGAAGAAAAAAAGAGCAGCUCCGUGCACUGGAAUCUCGAGUGGGCCUUUUGUCCACACAUUUCUGGAUGAAUGAUGAAGUAAAGCAUCUUCCAAAUCCUGAAGCAGUUCAUCCAACCGGAGGCUGGUUCCUGAUCCUUUCGACAUUGAUGAUGAACCGAUGUGGCUGGCCUCUUACUUGUCAUGGAAGCAGUUCUGAACAUUUAUGUUCGAAAUCCAAUUCAGAUUGCUAGGCUAUCGACUAGCGUUACUGUAUUGAUUGUGUUAUUCCAUAUGAUUUCAUUAUGUGCUUAACAAUACAAUGAACAUUACCCCCAAUUUGAUUCUUACUAUAAACAUUUCAAAAUUGAAUUCCAUGUUUGGUAUAUUCAUGAGGUUA